AGAGAAGAGGUGCGCGGGGGGGGGCCGGAGAGGUGUACUUGGCGCACCUGUCACACCCUCACCUAUGGCUCUAAAUACUGACACAGAACACACUCUUAUUAUGUAUGCUGCAGCCAUUCCUGUACCUCCUCUUCAAUUUUUGUAUGAAAAAUGAAUCUUAAUUAAUUACAUGUGACAACCAUCUGGAAAUGUUGGGCCGUAAACAAAGUCUUAGAGGGGAGCACAUCCUUGCAGACUUUGGACCAGAGGAGAUACUAAAUGAAAGCUCAGACAUUGACUGGGCCAAUAAGAGAUGGAUACGAUGGCUCCUUCGAAUAUGUUCACUAGUAUCUCUUGUGUCCGUGUCAGCAAACACACCACGCUCCAAAGAACUCUACCCAAGUUUACAAUAUAUUACCUUUUGUUCAGAUCUGGCAAUCACAUUUUUCUUCACUGUGGAAAUGGUUGCCAAAAUGCAAGCAAGGGGAAUUUUAAAGGGUGAAGUUCCAUACCUAAAGGACCGCUGGUGUCAGUAUGAUGCUAGUAUGGUGUUCUUCUUGUGGAUCUCAGUCAUUCUACAGAUGUUUGAGGAGAUGUUUGAUUGGGUAGAUAAACACAGUUACUUGUCUGUGUUACGUGCUCCAAGACCACUUAUUGUUGUCCGUCUUAUACGUAUCUUCCUCAAGUUUUCCAUGCCAAAGAACAGAUUAAAGCAAAUUAUCAAGCGUUCAAGUCAACAGAUAUACAAUGUGACGCUUUUCUUCUUGUUCUUCAUGUCCUUGUAUGGGCUUCUUGGAGUGCAGUUAUUUGGGGAGCUUCAGAAUCAUUGUGUUAAGAAUGAUACUGAUAUUAAAAAUGUCACCCUCAACAGUUUGGCAAUCCCUGAUACUUUUUGCUCAACUGAAGCAGAUUCAGGUUAUCAAUGCCCUACUGGAAUGAAAUGUGUUCCCCUUGAGCUAGCUAAGAAAGUCAGUGGAUUUAAUGGAUUCAAAAAUUUUGCAACAAGUAUCUUUACAGUCUACCAAGCUGCCUCCCAAGAAGGCUGGGUGUUGAUAAUGUACCAGGCCAUUGAUUCCUUGCCUAGCUGGCGAGCAACAUUCUUCUUCACAACCAUGAUCUUCUUCCUCUCGUGGUUGGUCAAAAAUGUUUUCAUUGCUGUUAUCACUGAAACCUUCAAUGAAAUGCGUGUACAGUUUCAGCAGAUAUGGGGCCUCCGGGGACACAUCCAGGAAGAGAGAACAACACAGGUAUUGUCAGGAGAUGACCAUGGGUGGAAACUUCUCUAUGUGGACGACAACAAGCCACGAGGAUGGGCACCUAAGUUCUGCAUGAAGGUUGUUGUCAGUGCUGGUUAUUAUCUCCUUAUCAUGGCAGCAAUUGUUGCUAAUGCCAUUGCAGCUGCUUCUCUAAGUUUUAAACAUGACGGAAGAAAGAGGGAGGAAUUUUACCAUUAUUAUUACUACAUAGAGGUGGGAUUCACAAUAUUUUUUAACUUAGAAGUUAUCUUCAAAAUGUGGUGUUUGGGUUUGCGAGGAUAUUGGCGUCUCAGCAUCCACAAGUUUGAAUUACUUCUGGCUGUUGGAACAACAGUGAGGCUGAUACCUUACCUCUUCAUGACUUCAUUUACUUAUUUUCAAGUUCUCCGGGUUGUGCGGCUCAUUAAGGCUUCCCCCAUUUUGGAAGAUUUUGUUUAUAAGAUAUUUGGUCCUGGAAAGAAAUUAGGCAGCCUUAUUCUCUUCACCAUGUGCCUCCUGCUGAUUGCCUCAUCUAUCUCCAUGCAGCUUUUCUGUUUUCUUGAUGAUUAUGACAAGUUUGAGACUUUUGCACAUGCCUUCAUGUCAAUGUUCCAAAUUCUGACACAAGAGGGUUGGGUCGAGGUCAUGGAUGAGACCAUGAUUAAAACCAUGAAUGGAACUACAGAUGAGAUUGCACCAAUUGUAGCAAUUUAUUUCAUCUUGUAUCACCUGUUUGUGACAUUGAUUGUGCUGAGUUUGUUUGUAGCUGUUAUCCUCGACAACUUGGAACUUGAUGAGGACUUCAAGAAGCUUAAACAGAUGAAGGCCCGAGAACAGAGUGCUGGCAUACAGGAAACAUUGCCUCUUCGCUUACGUGUGUUUGAAAAAUUUCCAGAUCGUCCUACAAUGGCAAAAUUACACAAGGUGCCAUCUGAUUUCUCUCUCCCUAAGGUACGGGAGAGCUUCAUGAGACAGUAUCUGGAAGAAGAGCAAGAGGAGGAAGAUGGGUUGGCAAAGGCUCGUGGUGUUGGAGGACUGGAAGACUCUGCAAUAUCGUACCGUAAACGGCGGCCCAUUAAGCUCCUAACCCCAAUAUCUCAUCCCCGUAAUGCUGAUUAUGAGAAAAAGAAAACUGGUGUUUCUAAUAUAAUUUGUGAUGCCAACAAUCAAAGACUUCUUCUCGGAGACUCUGGCCAGAUACCACUGCCAGGAAAAGGAACUCACUCACAUGGCACAAUCUCCUCGAAACAUGUUCGACUUGACCCGAAGUCCAUACGUCGCAGUGUCCGGGGGUCGGUCAAGCUCAAGCAGCAGAAUUAUGAUCAUCUGAAAGAAAAUGGGGACAUAGGAGCAAUGAACCGAACAUCAUCGAGUCGCAAACCACAAGAUUUGGACAUCAAAAUGUUGCAGGCCAAGCGGCAACAGGCUGAGAUGAGGAGGAAUCAGCGUGAAGAGGAUCUAAGAGAGAAUCAUCCAUAUUUUGAUACACCCCUGUUUGCAAUUGGUCGUGAGAGUCGGUUUAGAAAAUUAUGUCAGCUUAUUGUAUAUUCUCGCUAUGAUACAAGUCACAAAGAUCCCAUAACUGGCAAAGAGAGGAAGCUUAAAUAUAAAAGGCUGCAUAACCUUCUGGCCCUGGUUACAUAUUUAGACUGGCUGAUGAUCCUGGUCACAACACUCUCCUGCAUAUCACUCAUGCUGGAGGCGGCUGAAUAUCGGAUAACUGAACAACCCAUGUUGCAGAUAGCAGAAUAUGCCUUUGUUGUCUUCAUGAGCUUGGAACUAAGCCUAAAAAUCUUGGCAGAUGGCUUACUCUUCACACCCAAAGCCUUGAUCCGGGACAUGGCAGGAGUGUUGGAUCUCUUUAUCUAUAUGGUAUCACUGGUAUUCUCAUGCUGGAUGCCAAAACAUGUUCCACCACAAUCUGGAGCACAACUGCUUCUCAUUUUACGCUGUUUACGACCACUUCGGAUCUUCAACCUUGUACCUCACAUGCGCAAAGUUGUAUCAGAACUCUGUAAAGGCUUUAAAGAAAUUUUGUUGGUAUCAGUUCUCUUGAUAGUGCUUCUAUUUGUGUUUGCAAGUUAUGGAGUACAGAUGUAUGGUGGUCGACUUGCACGAUGUAAUGAUCCUACUAUAACAGAACGAAAGGAUUGUGUGGGAGUCUUUAUACGGAAGAUUUUUGUAACCAAGAUGAAACUAGAACUAAAUGAGAAUGAAAAAUAUCCUGCCAUGCUGGUGCCUCGAGUCUGGGCCAACCCCAGGCGCUUCAACUUUGACAACAUUGGACAUGCUAUGCUGGCCUUGUUUGAAGUCCUUUCAUUCAAGGGUUGGCUAGAUAUUCGUGAUGUAUUAAAAAUUCGGCUUGGCAUCGCUUCAACAGUCUACAUUCAUAUAUUCGUCUUCCUGGGGUGUAUGAUCGGCCUCACAUUGUUUGUUGGUGUAGUCAUCGCCAACUACUCCGAGAAUAAGGGAACUGCACUAUUAACUGUUGACCAGAGGAGGUGGUGUGAUCUUAAGAAGAGAUUGAAAAUUGCCCAGCCGCUUCAUCUGCCUCCUCGCCCUGAUGGCCGAGCCUUCCGGGCUUUUAUUUAUGACGUUACUCAAAAUAUAUAUUUCAAGCGCUUUGUUGCAGUAUCUGUCAUCAUUAAUAGCAGCUUGUUAUGUGUUGCGUGGAACAAAAAGGAUGAGCCAACAAAGUCCCUAGCAAUUGUGUCUUCAUUACUGAAUUUCGUGUUUGUUGUGGAAGUGGUCAUGAAACUGAUUGCCUUCACCCCACGAGGAUAUUGGCAGAGCAGACGUAAUCGUUAUGAUCUCUUUGUUACUGUGCUGGGCGUUGUGUGGAUUAUUCUUAACUACACUGUUCAGACUGAUGAGUCACAUAUGUUCGGCUUCUUGGUAAUCAUCCUGAGAUUCUUCACAAUAACUGGUAAACAUGCAACUCUCAAGAUGCUCAUGUUGACUGUGGGUGUGUCUGUGUACAAAAGCUUCUUCAUCAUCAUGGGCAUGUUUCUUCUUAUUCUCUCAUAUGCUUUAGCAGGAUGUAUCCUGUUUGGUACAGUAAAAUAUGGAGAAGGUAUUGGAAGGCAAGCAAACUUUCAGACAGCCACCAAUGGGAUUACACUACUCUUCCGCAUUGUAACAGGAGAAGAUUGGAACAAAAUCAUGCAUGACUGUAUGGUGGCCCCUCCUUUCUGUACUCCUGGGAGUAAUUUUUGGGAAACUGACUGUGGAAAUUUUACUGGUUCUCUCAUCUUCUUCUGUACCUUCUAUGUUAUUAUCACCUACAUUGUACUUAAUUUACUUGUUGCCAUCAUCAUGGAGAACUUCUCUCUGUUUUACUCCAAUGAGGAGGAUGCUCUGCUGUCAUACGCUGACAUCCGUAACUUUCAGAACACCUGGAAUGUAGUAGAUGUUAACCAACGUGGUGUUAUCCCAGUGAGGAAGAUCAAAUUUAUUCUGCGACUUUUGAAAGGGAGGUUAGAGGUUGACCCAGAGAAGGAUAGAUUACUGUUCAAACAUAUGUGCUAUGAAUUAGAGCGACUUCACAAUGGUGAUGACGUAACCUUCCACGAUGUUCUCAAUAUGCUCUCUUAUCGAAGUGUAGAUAUUCGCAAGUCCCUUCAGUUAGAAGAAUUAAUGGCACGAGAAGAGCUAGAAUACAUCAUUGAAGAGGAAGUGGCGAAGCAGACUAUUCGCAACUGGCUUGAUAAUUGCCUAAAACGAAUUCGAGCUCAAAAGGAACAGAGCUCUUUACUGGAUAGAUUACGAGAAACCAAUGAUGCGUUGAUUGUUGGGCUGCAUGAGGAUAAGAAAACCCAGAUACAAGAUAAGGAAAAAGAGUCGGAAAAUAAAGAGGGUGAACGGACCAGAGAAAGGAAGAAAGGAAUGAUCAUGGUAACUCGUACAGACUCUAUGUCAAGCAUCAGUGGUGGGCGAAAAUUCCUUGCACCAACACCCUCAGACACAUCAUUACGAGGAGAGAAACAUCCACGACAUGACUCUAAAUCGAGGAAAGGUAAACCCUCAGGUGGGAGUAAGAAUCUACCUCAUGUUAUUGAAGGAGGAGAAGGUAUAACAGCUGGAACUGGUGGUCAAUUAAGCAGUGACAUUACAAGUAAUAAGGCUGUUCUCCCACGUUCUGCCUCAGGAUCAGGUGAAGUAAGAGAAUGGUGGCGAGAACAAGUUGGUUAUAACUCAGGUUCUGAUUUCAGUGAUGGAACAGACAAGGAUGACUGAUUAUAGCUUGUCACUCUCCACUGUUUUGUGAUGUUAUAUUGAGAAUUCAAAAGAAGUCCUUCUCUAACAGUGUUUUCAGAAUCAUGAAUAUAUUUUUGUGUGUUCAGAUGUGUGUGUGAGUGUGUGUAUAAACUGGAGCAUAUUGAACAUGUAUACAUUGAGAGUGGGAGAAAGAACAUUCUCAGACACACAUUUGUCCACACUCACACACACACAUAUGUGUGUAUGUAUAUAUAUAUAUAU